AUGGUAAACACGCUCCGAUCGUCGGACGAGAUGAGCCGCGCUUAUCAAAGCCCGGGCGGGUGGAAGCUGUCAACCCUUGGAAGAUGCGCCCUGGCAGGGUGGGUGCUGCUCUCUUCAGUGGUGGGAGGGGGCCCGGGUUGGUGUCAUAGCCCACCCCCCUUCACCACUACCCCCUGGUCCUCGGGAGACAGGGGGGAGGACAGGGGUUACGCCGGAGGUGAGAAGCACUUUUGGACAUGUCUGAGGGAGCGAUGUGAAAAAGGGAAGAGGAGGUGGAAGAGAGAGAGAGAGGAAAAGGAGGUAAAGGAGAAGGAGAAGCAGAAAGAGGAGGUGAAGGAGAGAGAGGAGGUGAAGGAGAGAGAGGGGGUGAAUGAGACAGAGGAGGAAGGAAGGAGAGAGAGAGUGAAGGAGAGAGAGGAGGUGAAGGAGACAGAGGAGGUGAAGGAGACAGAGGAGGUGAAGGAGAGAGAGGAGGUGAAGGAGACAGAGGAGGUGAAGGAGACAGAGGAGGUGAAGGAGACAGAGGAGGUGAAGGAGAGAGAGGAGGUGAAGGAGACAGAGGAGGUGAAGAAGAGAGAGGAGGUGAAGGAGACAGAGGAGGUGAAGGAGAGAGAGGAGGUGAAGGAGAGAGAGGAGGUGAAGGAAACAGAGGAGGUGAAGGAGAGAGAGGAGGUGAAGGAGAGAGAGGAGGUGAAGGAGAGAGAGGAGGUGAAGGAGACAGAGGAGGUGAAGGAGAGAGAGGAGGUGAAGGAGAGAGAGGAGGUGAAGGAGACAGAGGAGGUGAAGGAGACAGAGGAGGUGAAGGAGAGAGAGGAGGUGAAGGAGACAGAGGAGGUGAAGGAGACAGAGGAGGUGAAGGAGACAGAGGAGGUGAAGAAGAGAGAGGAGGUGAAGGAGACAGAGGAGGUGAAGGAGACAGAGGAGGUGAAGGAGACAGAGGAGGUGAAGGAGACAGAGGAGGUGAAGGAGACAGAGGAGGUGAAGAAGACAGAGGAGGUGAAGGAGACAGAGGAGGUGAAGGAGACAGAGGAGGUGAAGCAGAGAGAGGAGGUGAAGGAGACAGAGGAGGUGAAGGAGACAGAGGAGGUGAAGGAGAGAGAGGAGGUGAAGGAGAGAGAGGAGGUGAAGGAGAGAGAGGAGGUGAAGGAGACAGAGGAGGUGAAGGAGAGAGAGGAAGUGAAGGAGACAGAGGAGGUGAAGGAGACAGAGGAGGUGAAGGAGACAGAGGAGGUGAAGGAGAGAGAGGAGGUGAAGGAGACAGAGAAGGUGAAGAAGAGAGAGGAGGUGAAGGAGAGAGAGGAGGUGAAGGAGAGAGAGGAGGUGAAGGAGACAGAGGAGGAGAGAGAGGAGGUGAAGGAGAGAGAGGAGGUGAAGGAGAGAGAGGAGGUGAAGGAGACAGAGGAGGUGAAGGAGACAGAGGAGGUGAAGGAGAGAGAGGAGGUGAAGAAGACAGAGGAGGUGAAGGAGACAGAGGAGGUGAAGGAGACAGAGGAGGUGAAGGAGAGAGAGGAGGUGAAGGAGACAGAGGAGGUGAAGGAGACAGAGGAGGUGAAGGAGACAGAGGAGGUGAAGGAGACAGAGGAGGUGAAGGAGAGAGAGGAGGUGAAGGAGAGAGAGGAGGUGAAGGAGACAGAGGAGGUGAAGGAGAAAGAGGAGGUGAAGGAGAGAGAGGAGGUGAAGGAGACAGAGGAGGUGAAGGAGACAGAGGAGGUGAAGGAGAGAGAGGAGGUGAAGGAGACAGAGGAGGUGAAGGAGACAGAGGAGGUGAAGGAGACAGAGGAGGUGAAGAAGAGAGAGGAGGUGAAGGAGACAGAGGAGGUGAAGGAGACAGAGGAGGUGAAGGAGAGAGAGGAGGUGAAGGAGACAGAGGAGGUGAAGGAGACAGAGGAGGUGAAGGAGACAGAGGAGGUGAAGGAGACAGAGGAGGUGAAGGAGAGAGAGGAGGUGAAGGAGAGAGAGGAGGUGAAGGAGACAGAGGAGGUGAAGGAGACAGAGAAGGUGAAGGAGAGAGAGGAGGUGAAGGAGACAUAG